GGGACUGUACACAGUGUGCUUUGUUGGAUCAAGCUGACGAACGUAAGCUUUAUUUACUUGAAAAAUUCGAACACGCCAGGGGUCAUCAGCGAAAUGGACUUAAAAAAAGAAAAACAAUCCAAUAAUCUGUUUGUAUUCCAAACAGCAGUAUCUCAGGCGUUUAAUGGUAUUUCAGAAUCCGUCAGUGAAGAAGAAUUCAAGAGCAUUAUUGCAAUCCUUCAAUCAAAGUCAUCGACCGCAAGAAAAUUGUCGAAAGCAUUUAAUGAAGACCUGGAUAAAAACCUGAAUAUAUCAUUGAAAGAAAUUUUAGUGGAAGGUAGUUUGGCUGAAGCCUUGAAAAGAGUUUCUAGUUUGUUAGAAGAAGCUGCACCUAUUAAAACCAAUGUCUGGAGACCUUCAGUUGAUGUAAAACUUAAUUUGCGUUCUCAUGAUGCAAAAAUAAUACAGGAUGAAUACCGAUCUUUAGAGCAGCAAGUCUUAAACGUAGAAGCAGAAAAUGAAGAGAAGAUGAGGAAACUUUUAGUAAAGCGAAAGAAAUUCCGAACAGCACAGGAACGAACAAUACGCUUAUUGACUGGAAGUAAUAUUGUUUUACACCGCAUGGACAAAGUGAUUGAGCUAAUGGAACAAUGCAUAAAAGAUACUGAUUAUUCAGAAUUAAGAUUUGAUUAACAAUGACAUGCAUGUACUUGGAUGGCAUACAAAAAAUUAAAUCAAAAUCUUUUGUACUCCAAAAAGCACCGAAGUGAAAAUACUUAACAUUCCAUUUUCUUAUUGAUGAACCUGUUAGUGUAAUUUUUGGUUUAAAUUAAUAUAUUUUUCAUCUUACGA